AUGGAGGUUCGAAAGAGAUCGUCGAAAGAGCCGUUAAGGAGAAUGAAUUACCAGGUGCGGCCCCGAAGGCAGAGGACGACCUCGUACGGAGCGGGGCUCUCCGACCCAAGCUCGCAGGGAGAACACAUGAACAGUUACUACGACGAAGCCAGAUACCUCAGCAAAGAACAAAUGAAGGCAUACAUAUAUAAAAUGAAAAAAGAAAUACAAGACUAUAAACUCAGAGAAAUGAACUACAGAAUUGAAAUAAAAUAUCUGAGGAGGAAAAUAGAGAGGUUAAAAGGGAUUAUACAGAACGAUACUUUUUUUUUAAAUCACCAGAGGGGUGUUUCUGUGCGAAGUCACCAUAGUGGGUUCUCCUUCCAGAGUGGGAUGAACAAAGUGAAUUCAGAAGAUGGCAAGCAUGACGGCUGGUACAGAAGGGGAAACAUUUCGGAGGGAAAUUACCACCACAACUACAGGGGGUUUGCACAAAGGUAUGACGGUGCUCACUACAGUGGUCACCCAGAUCAGGAUCGUCACCGCCAUCGCAUCCGCAGUCACCUCUAUGAAGACAACACUUCUGAGGCUAAAUUUUCAAACGUGUCUAUGAGAAGCAUCAACGCAAGUAUACACAACAACAAGCGAAUGAGUGUGCGCAAUUUUAGCGGCAGGUAUAGUGACACCUGCAGAAGGGGUGAUCACAAUGGGAGGAUUCACUCGGCGAAGGUACAACCAGCUAAUAGUACCAGUGGAAGCAUGGACCGAUCCAACAAGCUGAAAAGCCAUUCGAGGGAACAUUUCGUUCACCCCGUUCCUAUUCCCAGGAAUGUAAAAAAUGACAAACAAAGUGAUGAUCGCAUGGUUGUUCCUAUGAGAAGAGGAUCGGAUUCCUUCCGCUCCAAUAGAAGCUGCUCUUCCUAUACAUCCAAGUUUAAGCUGAAGAGCCACCUCAUUUCGAAUAGCAAGCAUAUGCGUAACAUGUCUACUGAUAUAAACACUACCAUUGCAAAGGACAUAAAAAGUUACUACAGUUCCAAGCAGAGCAUCCUCUCCGGCACCAAUCAACAACUGCUUAAUCGGAAUUCGUCAUCUCUUCAGAAACGACCCAUUGGAGCAAAAGACGCGGAAGCGAAGGCAGAUUCGUGUGGCAAACAGUUCAGUAUAGAAAAACUUAGCAAGUUAACCCCAAGAGAAGUGCGAAAAAAAAUAAACUGCGAUUUGUUCGAUUAUGCUCACCACCAGAGAAUCCUUAGCAAAAAGUACACCUCACCUUAUGCGUUUAAACGGGAGUCAAGUUUGAACAAAAUGGCUAGCUGCGGCAAGGUCAGGCAACCGAGCGUUUCCCAGGUGAAUGCAGCGGAGGGGGAAAAUGCGAACCACGAUAAAGAAGACAGUGACAGUGGGGACUCCAUUAAAAGGGUCAAACUGUAUUUGGACAAGCAGAGGGAGAAGAAGAAGCCAACCGCCGUUUCGAUGGCCACCCCUGCCACUAUGCCUGCCGUUGUUUCCACUAAUGCGAAGAAGCAUGACGGGGUAUCCUCGAAAAGACGGGCCAAGGACGUUACCACAGGAACCGUCCUAAUCAGCAAGGAGGAAAAAAAAAAAAACGAGACAAAUUCGAACGCCAAGGGGAGCCACACCGAGUCGAGAGGUAAAACUCAGCUAAAAACAAACCAAACGAAACAGCGACAAAACGUGUUAGAAAAUAUGAAAAAAAGCGUAGAUUCAGACAUAAAGGAAAAUUUUAAAAAGGAAUUAGAGGAGUUAAAAAGGAGGAAAGACAUACUGGUAUCGAAACGCAGCGAUUACUGUGACCUGUCCUUCGGCAGUACCAGCAGCAGUGAUAUAAGCCGUGAUGGCAGCAAACGCGAUGGUAGGAAAGCCGCUGAGACGGUGGGGAACCCAAACAAAGGGGGAACGCAGAGCAAAGCUGUGAAUAACCCUUUGAAAGAAUCCAACAUUCUAAACAUCUCCUUCAAUGACCUGGAUAAGAGAAUAAACAACUUGAAAAAUUAUUUGAAGAAUACAAACGCGUGA